GAAUUCUGACGUGACAACAACUCAAUAAAAAAAAAAAACAUUUUUUUCCUCGUUUUGGUCCUCUGUUUCUCUGAUUCGAAGUGCCACCCAGAUCCUCUGAAGUACCAAAUCCUUUUCCUCCAGGUUUGGGGUCAAGAGUUUGAUGGUGAAUGGGGGUUCAAACGAUGGCAUCGCAAAGCAAUGGCCAACAAUCUCAUAUGCAGCCGUGUCAAUUGAUGAGGCAAACCUCGUGGUAUAACCUCACUCUCAACGAAGUUGAAAACCAAAUGGGAAAUUUAGGGAAGCCCUUGUGUAGCAUGAACCUUGAUGAGCUUCUUAAAAAUGUAUGGAGCACAGAAGCAAAUCAAUCGAUGGGAAUGGAUAGUGAAAGUACCGCAACAUCUUCUCUUCAACGUCAGGCUAGUUUCACAUUGGCUAGGGCAUUGAGUGGGAAGACAGUGGAUCAAGUCUGGAAAGAGAUUCAAGAAGGGCAGAAGAAGAGGUUUGGUCAGGAAAUGAACGUUCAGGAAAGAGAGCAGACACUUGGCGAAACAACUUUGGAGGAUUUUUUGGUACAAGCAGGACUUUUUGCCGAGGCAACAAUAAGCCCUUCUUUGGAUUUGGUUACUGUUGCUGCAGGGACUCCGCAAUGUUUUCCACAGAACAUGGUCCUCUCCUCAUCCCCUUCAACUGGCACGUUAUCUGACUCUACGACAUCGGGAUGGAACAGGGAUGCCCCAGAUACACUUGAGAAGAGUAUUGAGAGGAGGCUCAAGAGAAAGAUCAAGAACAGGGAAUCUGCUGCCCGUUCUCGAGCUAGAAAACAGGCCUAUCAUAAUGAGCUGGUGAGCAAGGUUUCACGUUUAGAGGAGGAGAAUAUAAAGCUCAAGAAAGAGAAGGAAUUUGAGAAGAAGUUCCCAAUUGAACCUUCACCUGAACAGAAAUAUCAGCUUAGAAGAACCAGUUCUGCCACUUUCUGACGUACAUCUAUCUAUGUGAAAGAUUUGUAGUUGAUCAAGCGUUAUUGCUAGCCUCCUGGGUUUGUGUGGAAAAUGCUGUCGAAAUUCAUCAUGAGGCUGCUUCACCACUGCUGCUACUGUUGUGAUUCCACCUAGCCCGCCUUUAGCUUUCAUCAUAUGUACAUUCAAGGUGAUCUUGGUAUUUUAUACAGCACCAUAUGUGCAAUGUUAAUAACUUUAUAUGUCUAGGCUCCGACUUGGAGAAAGAAUUAUGUCUCACCCGUGUAUUAGAUUGUGAGAAUUUUAAGACAUGGACAUCAUUAACUUAACUGUAACCAAUUUGUCGAAAUUUCUUUGUCUCUGC